UCGUUCAGUCGGAAUUGGCGGGUCGCUGUGCGGUUUCGUGUAGCCUAUCUUUUGUCUGACCAUCCAUAGAAACUCGGUACAAUAUUACAGAAAGCAGUAAAAUAUUAACAAAACGCUUCCUACGGUCGACGGCUAACGAAGAUCUAGCACCACUGAACUGCUUACACUGCAGUUUCUUCGUCUUAAUUUACUAUUUCACAGCACUGUUGACGUUGACAAGGAACCGGAAGGUUCCGCAGAUCCUCCUCCUCGACGAGCAUGAGCCAACCUACAGACACAGCUAGUAGUGAUGCUCCCAGCGUCACCGAAGACGUCAAGCUGGCGGCCGCCGCAGGAAAGAAACAGAACAAGAAAAAGGAGGUUGUAGAGGAGGAAGAGGAGGAAUAUGUGGUGGAGAAGGUUCUGGAUAGAAGGAUUGUAAAGGGAAGAGUGGAGUUCCUGCUUAAAUGGAAAGGAUUCACACAUGAUGACAACACAUGGGAACCAGAGGACAACCUGGACUGUCCUGAUCUCAUCGCUGAAUACAUGCAGUCACAGAAAGCAGCAAGCGAUGAGAAGAAAGAUGGUAGCGGAAAAAGGAAAGGUGAAUCCGACACAGAUGCUGGAGAAGACAGUCGACCCAAGAAAAGGAAAGAUGAGCAAGAAAAGCCUAGGGGCUUUUCACGGGGCUUAGAUCCUGAACGCAUCAUUGGUGCUACAGAUUCCAGCGGCGAGCUUAUGUUUCUAAUGAAGUGGAAGAACUCUGAUGAGGCAGACCUUGUUCCAGCUAAGGAAGCUAACGUUAAGUGCCCACAGGUAGUCAUCUCCUUUUAUGAGGAGCGACUGACAUGGCACUCCUACCCUUCUGAAGAAGAAGAGAAGAAGGACGAUAAGAACUAACGGUAUGAGAGAGGAGUGGAGAAGAUGCAGAGGGGGUUGUGACACGGGCGAUGGUAAAGAUGCGUCAACAGAAGCCCGUCGGCUCUUUUUAACUAUCAUACAAUUAAACCACGACUCAUCAUGUUUGAUAUUUAGAUGUGCAGUCAACUUUAGGGGGCGAACGGAUUUUGACCAUUGUUACAAACAAAUGCUGUAUUUCUUUGGUUGUUGGAUUAUGAGAAAUGGAGUGUAUAGGCUGCAGAAGUUCUGUUGAUGUUUCUGUAAAAUAAGGUGGUGAAUGUCUAACUGGGUAUAUGCUUAAUGCAACACCCUCAUACUUUCUGUGUAUUACUAACAAGGCCAUUCAAUUCUUUAAAACUUUUACUAUAUGAUACGGCCUUGUUUUUGUUCACUCAUUUGUUUGUUUUCUUAAUGUACAUACUUUUGUCCACAAAGUCCAGACUUGUUUUUGUCAACUUGUUAGCAAGCAAAUGGACAUCUGUCACAGUCUUACCAUUUAGCAGUAUUUUAGAAUUUAUAUAUGUAGUUUGUUUACAGUAUCAAGCUCCUAUUUAUUCAUUCACCACUUGAAUAUAUAUAUAUAUAUUCAACCCAUGAGUUUUUUUUUGUUUGUCUAUUCAACUACAUUUCCCAUAAUCCCAUAUAAACUUAUAUUUUUACCUUUUGUCAUUGUGUUUUACCAGUUGCAAUACUGUGUAAAGAAACAAUGUGUUCUUUAGUAUCAAGCUUCACUGACUAAUCCUUUUAAGUUUUAUAUGCUAAAAAAUGUCUGCUAAACCUUAUUCCUAUAUGCUUAAGAUGAAAAUUUUCCCAGUAUACUAUUUUAGCUUUGUACUUUGGGACGAUCAAGUACAAGCGCACAGAGUAGAAUGUACUACAUAACUUUAAGGCGACUUUUUUAAAAACUUGUAAAAUGUGUAUUUCAUAUAUAAAAAAUCAUAGUGGGAUGAACAGGUAUACACUGUAAAAAGUGAAAGUUGGAACUUUAAUAAUUUACAUUGGCACCUAAACAAUAGAUUUUUUUCUAACUUAAACUUUCUCACUUUAAGUGAAAACAUUAAUCGCUUACAUGUUACUACGCUAGUUGUUACCAAUUUAAGUAACUUUCACUUUUUACAGUGUACACUACAAAUCACAUCUGCACCAGCGUAAUAUAAAGAUACUGUAAAAUUUGUCAGGGUUAAUUAUUGUUUUGUUCACAUUUUCGAAAAAUUUGCAUUCUGCUGUGUACCAAAAGUACUUGUUAGUAUUGCUAAUCAGUAAUGUGACUGCAUUAUCAUUAAUCUCUGAUUGUCUGUCUUUUCUCUUUUUAAUGUGUACUGUUUAAAGCAUGACGUUUCUUUUCACCUUUUGGGGAAAUGUUUAUUUCAUUCAAAAAAUAAAACUUUUUUUAU